AACACCACUGUGCUGCCCACACAUUGUGUAACCCACAGUGGUUAACCCACAGUGUUUAACCCACAGUGUUUAACCUGCUGACUGACUGGGAUGAAUGCGCGUCUGUGUCGCGCGCUACUGGUGGGCUGUGCGCCGUCACGCGCUGAAGGUGCCACGAAAUGAAGAAAACUCACUUGCGGAGGGGAAGAGCACUAUUUGUAAGAACGCGUAUGGGAACAUAGGAGAAAUUGGACUCGACUAAAAAUGGCCAGAAACACAUCUCUUUAUUUCAGAAUUGUCGAGGGUAGGAACCUUCCAGCCAAAGACGUCUCCGGAACCAGUGACCCAUACUGCAUUGUAAAAGUUGACAAUGAAGUUGUGGCCAGGACCGCCACAGUAUGGAAGAACCUUAAUCCUUUCUGGGGUGAAGAGUACACACUGCACCUCCCGAUGGGUUUCCACUCACUCUCCUUUCAAGUCAUGGACGAGGACACGAUCGGCCACGAUGAUGUUAUUGGAAAGAUAACUCUGAGUAAAGAUGCCAUUGGAUCUCAAGCUAAAGGACUUGAUAGCUGGGUGAACUUGACGAGGGUCGACCCUGAUGAAGAAGUCCAGGGAGAGAUCCACCUGAGUCUGCUGCUGCUCAAAGAUGCAGAGAAGAUUAGCCUGAGAUGUCAAGUCAUUGAAGCCAGAGAUUUGGCUCCAAGAGACAUUUCUGGAACCUCUGAUCCAUUUGCAAGAGUUAUUUUCAACAACCACAGUGCAGAGACCUCGAUUAUAAAAAAGACCCGUUUCCCUCACUGGGGAGAGACCCUGGAGCUGGAGCUGGAUCCAGAGGAGCUGAGUGAGGAGGGAAGCAUCACUGUGGAGGUGUGGGACUGGGACAUGGUGGGAAAGAAUGACUUUUUGGGAAAGGUGGAAAUCCCUUUUGCUUGUUUGCACAAGACACCUCUUUUAGAGGGCUGGUUUCGUUUGCUGCCCUUGGGAAACAAUGAGGUCGAUGCUGGAGGGAAGCUGGGAGCACUGAGGCUAAAGGUGCGUUUGGUGGAGGAUCGAAUCCUGCCCUCUGUGUACUAUCAGCCCCUCAUUCACCUUCUGGUGGAGUCGGUCAUUUCACCCACAGAGGUAGAGGACAGCAGUGCCCUGACCAUGCUGGAGGACGUGACCACAGUGGAGAGCCGGCAGGAUGUGGCGAUGACUCUGGUGAAGAUCUACCUGGGUCAGGGCCUGGUGGUGCCAUUUCUGGAUUACCUAAACACCCGGGAGGUCAACAACACCACUGAUCCAAACACUUUAUUUCGCUCCAACUCACUUUCCUCCAAGGCCAUGGAACAGUUCAUGAAGGCUGUUGGUAUGUUGUAUCUGCAUGAGGUGCUGAAGCCGAUCAUCAACCGCAUCUUUGAUGAGAAGAAAUACAUCGAGCUCGACCCGUGUAAGAUUGACCUGAACCGCACCAGACGAAUUUCGUUUAAGGGUGCAGUAUCGGAGGCGGAGGUGCGGGACAGCAGUGUGGAGAUGCUGCACAGCUACUUAGCUAGCAUCAUUGAAUCAAUUGUGGGCUCAGUCGAUCAGUGUCCUCCUGUUAUGAGAGUGACCUUCAAACAGCUACACAAGAGAGUGGAGGAGCAAUUUGCUGAACCUGAGAAUGAGGAUGUGAAGUAUCUUGCCAUCAGUGGAUUCUUUUUCCUGCGUUUUUUCGCCCCUGCAAUCCUCACACCUAAACUGUUUCAGUUGAGGGAUCAGCACGCUGAUACUCGUACAAGCAGAACACUACUGCUAUUAGCCAAGGCCUUACAAAGCGUUGGGAACCUGGGCCUUCAGCUUGGUCAUGGAAAGGAGCAGUGGAUGGCGCCUCUUCAUCCCAUCAUCCUUCGCAGUGUAGCCUCCGUCAAAGACUUCUUGGACAAGCUGAUCGACAUAGAUCACCAUGUUGUGUCUGAGGUCCCCCAGAGGGCCGUGUUCAUGCCCUCAGUCACAGUUAAAGAGGGAUACCUACACAAACACAAAGCAGAGGGACCCCAACUACUGUCCCGCUUCGCCUUUAAGAAAAGAUACUUCUGGUUGACCAGUGAGACGCUGUCCUAUGCCAAGUCCGCUGACUGGCAGGUUGGUACUGAACAGGUGCGCUCCUCCAUCCCCAUUCAGUGUGUGUGUGCUGUGGAGAGAGUGGAUGAAAAUGCCUUCCAGCAGCAGAACGUAAUGCAGGUCAUCACCCAGGACAACGACGGGCAGCUGCUCACCAUGUACAUCCAGUGCAAGAACGUGAAUGAGCUGAAUCAGUGGCUGUCUGCGAUCAGGAAAGUCAGCAUCUACAACGAGCGCAUGCUGCCCUCUUUCCACCCAGGAGCUCAUCGCAGCGGCAAGUGGACCUGCUGCCUGCAGGUCGACCGAGCUGUUACAGGCUGCAGUAGGACUCACUCAGCUGUGACUCUGGGUGACUGGAGUGAUCCGCUGGAUCCCGACGUAGAGACACAGACCAUUUACAAGCAGCUUCUCCAGGGCAGAGACAAACUCAGGAAAAAAUACCUGGAGUUGCCAGGCGCUGAUCAGACGUCCAGCAAUAAAGCAAAGAUGAGCUCUAGCAAACACCCAGGUGGUGCAGAAUGUAAAGUUCAGCUGAUGAAGUCAGGUAACAGUGUUGCUGCGCGACUGUUGGCGGUGAUCGAGGAUCUGGAGCAGACUCAUGCUACCUUCCACCGCAGAGAAAAAGAGGACAGCACCAGUGUCAUCCUGAAUCCUUAGACUCCACAGAGAGACAAAGACUGGGAUCAAUAACACCCAGCAUCCUGUACAGACAUGAGUGAGCAUCAGAUGUUCACUCUGUUGAUUGUCAGGGACUAAAGAGUGGCCACAGGGUGAAAGCUCCUGCAGCCUCUUAAUACAUUUCCCAGCUGUAAAGGGCAGAGGGAGUUCUGCCACUUUGAAUCUUUUUUGUAUUUGCUGAGUGCCACCGACUUCAGCAGCUCCAGCCAGGGAGAGGUUAUGAUACUUGACUUGAAAGGGGGCUGGGGGACGUUAAAGCAUGAUCUGACUUGAUAUUUUUUUAUCUAGAUAACAAGCAAUCCCUUGCAUGGCCUGCACCCACUUGUUGUGAAAUGUGAAAAGAAGCUUUUAUAUUUUGAAAUUCUGAACAGGACAUCGGUGGCACAUUUUUAUGCAAGCUUGUUGUAUUGAAUUCUACAGUACCUGAAUGUAAGGUGUUUUGAUAUCGCUUUUAUCAACGUUUUGUAUUCUAUUGAGCCAAUUUAUCACCAUGGUAACAAUGUAGCAGUGUCAUUAGUAUUAUAAGUCAUACCACCAUGACUAUGAAAAAGCUGGUGCACAUGCUACAGUGAAACACUGCCUAUUCAGUGAACAAAUUGUGUAUUAUUUUUUAAUGUUGCUUUAGUCCCUUUAUACAAACAAUGUGCUUUGUUUGGUGCUAUGGCCAGUCAACUUAAAUGUUAAGAUCUAAUGUAUAUUUCAUUUUUCAAAUGUUCUUACUCUUGAAGUAGCCAUUCCUGAAUUCACACAGGUGAUAUUAACCUUAAUAAAAUGUAUUAUACAAAUAAUGAAUACAUAUUUAAUAUAAAUGAGAUGAUACUAGUAAUAAUUACGUUUUUAUAAGUUUACAUUUUCUUAUAAAUGUGGGGGCCGCUACAUUUUGCCCUUUAUUGUCAGGCCACGUUUGAGGUGCCAAAUUAGUUCUUUAGAAUGCCUCAAAAUCAAUCAUCUUACACAGUCAUUUUCUCUGGGCAUGUCUGAGACACAAAAACUGUACAUGGUCAUGCUGUAAAGCCAUUUCCUCUAAGGCAAAUAGUGUGUUUCCCUCAAACAGAGAAGGUCAUCAUGUGUAAUAGAGAUUAGAACUGUGAUUUCUCAGAACGGGUCUGUGCGCCCCUGGAGCUGUUAAGAUGGUCAUCAGGUACAGUGACUGUCACUGAAGACCUGUGGGUUAUUUAUAAGUGGAGGAAGCAUUUCUCCCUCCUUAGAUUGAACACUGAUGUACACAUGCCAGACAUGACAAUCAAUAGGCUACAUUAAUAAAGCUUUAUUCCUGUUAAUCUUGUUUUUGUUGGAUGUUGCUUGUCAUCUUGAUAUUCCCUGAAUGAGGGCUUUUUUUUUUUUUU